CCUGUUGAAGAACAAGUCUCUGGACUCAGAACAUCGCUUAAGACCGGACAAACAUGUCAUAAUGUUAUUGUAUGUUUUCGUUGUGAACCAUCUUAAGAAGAGUCUUCAGCUGACACCAAGGCUGUAGAUAUCAACGUUUUAUUCCUUCAAAAUUGUUUUAAUACACAUUUGCUGAAGGAUUUUUUUAAAUUCAUCUUACAACAGCCGUGAUGGAAGAAGAAAGACAAAUUCACGAUCACAAUGGAGACCUGACAGCAGCAAUAACCCCAAUAUUAAUAACUGAUAUUAUAGAUGAAAUGUCCACGUCCGUUGCUUCGGUUCUGGUUGAAACUGCCAGAUGUGAUCGCAACAUUUUAGAAAAAGAAAAUGUAGAAGAAAUUAAUGUCUGUCCUGAAGAAGAAACACCACGUCAGACUUCAAUCCCGGAAACGGAAGAGAACAUAAUUGCAGAAGGUUCAGAAACGGACACUAAUCCUACAAGUUUCUCCCAAGCACACAACGACCACAAUAUAAUUCAAUCCCACAAUCCAUUGCCUUUUGAAGAUAGCGAACCAUUAACUCAACAAUCUGAGGAUGAGGCACUGAUGAUUCGCGAAGAGGACGAAAUUACAUCCUUCGAAAGCGAUAAAGAAAAUGGCGAAGAAUGUCUUUCUGAUGACCAAGAGAAUGGACCAAAACAGUCACUUUUGGCCGGUCUUGGUGACAGCAACUCUGAUUUAACAGGGGAAAAACAGGUUGUUGGGAACCGGCCCGACAUUUGCAAACAUAGUUACUCUAGAUAUGAUACCGUAUCCUACCGUAAGAUCAGGAAGGGUAAUACAAAACAAAGAAUUGAUGAGUUCGAAUCAAUGAUGAAUUUGUAAUGUUAGUCAUUGCUGCCUUCACCAUUAGCUACACUAGCAUUUGCCUAGAAUGGAAAUGGAAAUUAAGGGGUGUGGUAUAACGGUAGCCCCACCCACUCAAGUGCAUACUUGGUCGAUAUUCCACCCAUUUUGGCCAAGCUCCACCCGCUUCUAAUGACGUAACUAUAUUUGAGGGGAUUGGGGCAGCCUUGGAUAUCUGACCCAGGACCCGGCGGUAAUGUGUUCAUUCUGUACUACUAAUGUGUUCAUUCUGUACUGUAACGUGCUUUCAUAACAGAAACUAGUUAGUGAUUGAACUUUAUAUUUAGUAAACUGAAUUUGUAUCACAUUAACUACCGAUGUGCGAAAAGCAUAGACAUUCACGCCAUGUACUUCCUGUUUCAAUUUACCGCUAACCGACGCACUUCCCAUGCUGUUCUUUCAGUAAGCAAUAUUAAUAACUGGAACCCAUCAAUAAAGUCUGGAUUAAUAAAAAUCAAAACUGAGGCAGAUUGUAAACAUGUGCGACACCUUUUAGUGGACAUAUGUUCCUAGAUUUAGAGUUACUGAA